AUGUACAAUGAGAUUCUAUCUUUGAAGGCAGACCAAGAAAACUUCAAGCUUGAAAUGAAGACACAGAUUGAAGAGUUAAAUGAAGACCUUGUCAUUGAAGUAACAAGUAACGAAAAGGCCACACUCAAUAUGUGUACAAAGCUUAUAUGUGAUGGUAUGGCUGCCCAUCCUUCGGUGAUCGCUCUUGGUCCUAAUCCUAGCUGGGGGUUGUUGUAUCCAACAUAA